AUGAGGCUUCCAGCCCCUUGGAAGCCAUGCGAGUCGGAAGACGGGGAGAUCUUCUACUUCAAUUUCGAGACAGGCGAAAGUGUUUGGGACCAUCCCUGCGAUGAGCACUACCGCAAGGUCUACGAGAAAUACAAGGCCAAAAAGGACGGCGACAAGGCGCCGGCCGGUGACGACAAGAAGACGAAGGACAAGAAAGACAAGAAGGACAAGAAGGCGCGCAAAAGCGGCUCCGGCGACAUGCUGGGGCUAAGCGGUGAGCUGGACAUGCCGAAGAUGGAUCUGCCGAAGCCCGGGGAGUCGCUCUUCGGGAAGCCCAGCAAGAACAAGCUGGUCUUCGACUGCAAGCCGAAGGCCAAGGCGGAGCCUUCGCCUUCGCCUUCCGCCCCUUCGGCAUCGCCGGGGCCCAGCGCCCCGGGCGCCUCUCCCAGCGCCGCCUCAGCGACCUCGGCGGCCUCCGGCAAGACCAGCGUCUUCGAAGCCCAGAGGGGAAAGAUGGAGGCAGACCACCAGGAGAGCCUGCAGCGACUUGAACGAGAGCACCAGGAAAAGUUGCGGCAGCUGCAUGCGGACUUCGAGCGUCAGAGGGAGGAGCAGUUGGAGCGAACCCAGCACCUCCGCCUUGAGAUCGAGAGGAGCGACAGCUUGCCGAGGACGAGCCGUGCCGAGGCCGAGCGCCAGGUCGAAGACUCCAUGCGGCAUCUUCGGGACCAGCUGGAGCGCGAGAGGCGUGCGCGCAUGGAGCGGGACAUCGAGGAGCGGCUGAAGCCUUCGGCGGCAGCCAUGGAGCGGGAAGCCCGCGCCAAGAUGGAGCGGGAGGCGGAGGAGCGGGCUCGUGCCGGCAUGGAGGCUAUGGAGAGGCUGGCAAAGGAGAAGCUGGAGAAAGAAGUGGAGCAGAGGGAGCGGGCCGCAGUGCUGAACAAUCGGCUUGCUACUGGGCAGAUUUAG